AUAGUGUUGCCAGCAUGUGAUAAGCGUGGUGUGGGGUGGGGUGAAUGUGUUACAACAGUCUAAUCUCAAGACCAUAGAUGACGAGUUACGCAAGAAUAAUAACACGUGGCGCAUGGAGUUACUAACAUACAUACAUACAGGUGAAACUAAUAUAAGCGUGUUAAAAAGAACAAGUUAUUUACUAUCAUUGUAUCGUAAAUGUACAGUUUAAAUUAAGUAGAGUAAAUUUUGUUGCACUAAUUAUGACCUCUUUAAAAGCUACUAAUUAGCUGACGUAAUAUUUUAUUGUGAUUUGUUGCUACUAAUUAGAAAAAUUAAUCUAGUUAAUUGUGAUAUAUAAAUUUUUAUUAUCGAAAUUGUAGUUUCUUAAGUUGAUUUGUUAUUGUCGUGUUCCGUGUUUUAGUUUUAGGUAGCAUCUCUGGCCAGUAGCUCUGCGAAUUGAGUGUCAUGGCGCAACAGAAAUAGAUAACAGCUAAUGAAUAUUUAUGUAUAUAGGACAUGGAUGACUAUAAAAAAUCAGUACUAUGGUCAUUAAUGAAUUUAUUUUUAAUAAUUGGUUCAUUUUUAUUAAUAUUCAAAUUUAAUAUUCUACGGAAAAUUAUAUUGGCCAAUCGAUUGCCUGGUCCUCGUUGGUGGUAUGUCUUAAAAUUGUUACUAAAUGUCAUUAAUCGACCAGAGUCUAUCAUUAAAACUAUAAAUGAUAUAUAUAGUCAAUACGAAAAGUCAUUAUUUAAAAUUUGGUUCGGACCUUUUCUUUGCAUAGUUCCUACAAAACCAGAAGAUAUAUGUGCAAUUUUAAAUCACCCUAAUUUGCAAAAAAAAGGAAUUAUCCUAAAUCCAUUACGAGAAUCUUGUGUAGGAGAUAAUAUAUCGACAUUUGAUGAUUUACAAAAAUGGAAGAUUCAUAGGUAUGCCGCCUUUAAAUGUAUAUCAUUCAAUAAUGGGAAGACAUUUACAUCAUUAAUUAGUAAGGAAGCUGUGGCUCUUGUUGAUUAUUUUAAGCCAAUACAACAGGAUAAAACGAAUGAUUGUGAAAUAUAUAUUCCAAUUCAUAAAAUGCACCUUAAAACCUAUGAAGCAGCAAUUUUUGGUGAAAAUAUUGCCAGGGAAAUUGAUGUGAAUCAUGAUAUUAUUAUUCAAAAUAUGAAAGAUACAUUAAACAUAAUAAUUUAUAGGAUUUUCAAUCCAUGGUAUUUCAAUAAGUCUAUUUUUAAAAUAUCAACGUUUUAUAAAAAAAACAUAAAAAAUAUCAUUAUAUUACACAAUUAUAUUAAUAAGUUAUUCAAGAGAAGUGAAAUAGAGAAAGUUAAGGAAAAUAUUGAUAAAACUAAAGGAAAUACGUUUAUUGAAAUAAUGGAAAAAUUUGACGAUUUGACAGAUGAAGAUACUCGAAAUUUAGCUCACGUCUUUCUUGGAGCUGGAUCUGAUACCGCAUCUAUUACGAUUUCUAAUAUAAUAUUCUUAAUGUCUUAUCAUUCAGAUAUUCAAAAUAUGGUAUUUGUGGAACAAAACAUGAUAUUUUCAAGUGGAGAUCCCAAUCGUAGACCGACUUACGAGGAUUUGCAUCAAAUGAAAUACCUUGAACAAGUUAUUAAUGAAACUCUUCGAAUCCGCUCAUCUACACCCUUCACUGUCCGAUAUAUUGAAGAAGAAAUUUCAGUUGGAGGUUACUUAUUACCUGCAGGAAGUAUACUACUAAUUUGUAUUGGCAAUUUACAUAAAAGUCAUUUGUACUAUAAAGAUCCAGAAAAAUUUAACCCAGAUAACUUUUCACCAGAUGAAUGUCUGAGUCGACAUCCUAAUUCAUUUAUGCCAUUUGGAUUAGGGCCAAGAAAUUGUGUAGGUAAACGUUUUGCAAUGAUACAAAUGAAAGUAAUAAUAUCUACAUUAAUUCGAAAUUACCAUUUUCACUUUUCUGAAAAAUACUCAAAACCAGAAGACUUUAAAGCAACUUAUUCAAUUACACAAACUUUUGAUGAAGGAUGUUACGUCAAAUUCAAACAAAGAGAAAAUAACAUAUAUCCUGUUUGAUGUUUUACUGUUAUUUAAUCAUUUCAUUUUUAUCUACUACGUUUGUAUGAGUGUUUAUAUAUUCUAAAGUUGAAGAAACUAUUUUCUUAUGUUGUUACAAAAAGGCUAAAAUUACUUUUUUUCAAAUAUUUAUAGAGCCAUAGACAUUUAUAAAAUAUGUAUUAACAUUGUAUAUAAAAUAUAAUUAAAUUAUACAAAAAUUAACAUGAUACAUAAUAUACAGGUGGCCCACCACUCACUGACAACUUAAAUAAAUUUUGAUCCAGUUAAUA